CUGCUGGUUCUUAUGUUAACAAUCUUGAAUACUAUGAUCUUAACAUGGGAACAAUACAAGGAGGAGCACCACUUGCACGAUUAGCUAUUUAUAAGGUAUUCUGGAGAGACGCGAAAGGUGUGUAUUCUUGUAAUGGUGCUGAUUUUCUUUCUGCUAUUGAUGAUGCCAUAAGAGACGGGGUUGAUAUAUUAUCAGCAUCUCUUGGUAGUGGUCCUGCCACCGUAGCUGAAGUUCAUGCUGAAAGUAUAUUGGGCAUAGGAUCUUUUCAUGCAGUAUCCCAUGGCAUAUCUGUUGUUGCUGGUGGAGGAAAUAAUGGACCUAACUCAAACACAAUCGUCAAUACUUCUCCAUGGCUUAUUACGGUUGCUGCUAGCAACGACGAUACACAAAUUGUUACUCCUUUAACACUUGGCAACAACAAGACAAUAUUAGGUCAAGGACUUAUUAAAGGGAAGGGAAGGAGUGGCUUUGCUCCUUUGGUCUUUCGGCUAUAUAACAAAGUAAGUGAAAUUCCUAAAGACUUCAUGUCUAUUGCCAAUGAAGUGAAAGGAAAAGUUGUCAUGCUUUUCUCGCAAACUAAAGCGGAUAUUUUUGGAUAUUUGAUAGCACUAAAUAAUACAGGAGUUUCGGCUUUUAUUUAUGCUAUGCCCCCUCUUAAUGGAAUCGAAGACUUCAAUCAAACUUUUGCUGUCCCUAUACCAUUUAUUGCCGUUGAUUUCGAGCAAGGAAACCAAAUUGUUGAUUAUUUUAUAAAUUGUAAAUCCAA